UAUCUGCAAAGCACCGUCGCACGGAGGGUAAAACCGUCAUUUUAUGUCAACCUCGUCUCUGAAACAAAACAAAACACUCACCCGAGAAUUCAAACCAUUCCUCUCUCUCUCUCUCUCUCUCUCUCUCUCUCUCGUUGCUCCCACGCUGGUCUCUCUGGCCUUUUCCCGCGGCCUCGUCGCCAUUGGAGCACCUCGUUCCAAUCCCCUUAGCUCUCGCCGGCGCCUUGGAGAUCGCUGUCGUUGCUUUGUCUCCCCUGCUCUUGCUCCCUCGCCGUUGAUUCUUAUCGGCGUUGCUGUAUUUGGUAGGCGUUUGGGCGUGUUUGCGUUUUGGGGAUGAUCGAGAUCAUGGAAUUUACUUUUGGAAAACUUGGUUUUUUUGGAUGUUUUGGAUUCUUUUGAAUCUUGUUAAACCGCCAAAUCGGGAGGCUUUUUUUGUUCAGAGGGGAUUUGAAUUUGGAGUGAUGGUAGAAGAGGUGAAGAAGGAGCAUGGGAAGGGCGAGAAGGUUCAGGGUGUUGUGACGACGUCCUGGUUUCCGGCUUCGGAUGGCAGCUUCGAGAUGAAGGCUAGCGCUCUGCCUGGGGGAGGUGCUGGCCGAACCAGGAGAUCAACAAAGGGUGGUUGGACAGAUGAAGAGGAUGAUAUAUUGGCUACAGCUGUGAGGCGGUUCAAUGGGAAAAAUUGGAAGAAAAUUGCUGAAUAUGUCCCCGACAGGACUGACGUUCAGUGCCUUCAUCGUUGGCAGAAGGUGCUUAAUCCUGAUUUGGUCAAAGGAGCAUGGGCAAAAGAGGAAGAUGAUUGCAUUAUCAAACUGGUUAAUAAAUAUGGUCCUAAGAAAUGGUCUCUCAUUGCACAGUCUAUGCCAGGGAGGAUAGGCAAACAAUGUCGGGAGAGGUGGCACAAUCAUUUGAACCCAGCAAUCAAGAAAGAUGCAUGGACAACGGAGGAAGAGACAGUUCUUAUUCAUGCUCACCAACUGUAUGGGAACAAAUGGGCAGAAAUGGCUAAGCUUCUACCUGGAAGGGCUGAUAACUCAAUAAAGAAUCACUGGAACUGUUCUUUGAAAAAGAGGUUGCCCUCAAUUUUAGCUUCUGGAAUUCUUGACCAAACCCCUGGGCUUGCUUCUCUUGAUUUGAAUGGGCAUUUACCAACAUUAGAAUGCCAGCCUGUAAAGCCUAGCCAGCAACAGAUCAAACAAUUUGAUAGGAAAAGAACCAUAAAUAAAUCUUUAGUUACACCCGAAGCUUGUUUGGAUGAUCAGGAUUUAUCGUUGGGGUUUCAGGAUUUUGGUCUGCAGUCAAUUGAAAAUUCUAUAGCUGUAGGACCAGAGAAUCGAGAAAUUACAAUUGAAGAUUCAAAACGAUUAAAAAUAGAGGUAGAAGAAAUUCCAUUGGAUGAUCCUAAAUGUAUACAAAUAGAGCGAUCAAUUUUUGCAAAGCAUCUACAGUGUGGGGGAGAUAAAGGUCCCGCCAGUUAUCCAAAUAGUUUCCUAUACAAGGAUGCGAGUCCUUGCAGGACUGAUCUCUUGCCUCAUGUGACAAAUUUGUGGCGCAUAGAGAUUCUAAUCAUAGUGGUGCUGCAGAUGAUUCACAUGUUGCUUCAGUUCUUCAGCCAAAAGCACAGAAUUUUAUCAGUAAUCCGUUCUUUUCACAUAGUGAGUUUGACAGAUCCUUCAGUAAUAAGAUGUUGGAAUCUCCUAAAAAACUGUGGAGGUGUGAAUUUGUAA